GGGGGGGGCUCUGUUUGCGUUUGCCACGUACUCAUGUUGCAUAGUUACGCAAGGGCAUACACAGUACAACAUGGGGGGAUUGCGUCGGUAGACAAAUGGGGUAUAUACGAGGAGAUAGAAGAGGGAAAGGGCAACAAUUUCCCGUCCGCGACAGGAUAGAAUCUUCUCAGCCCGGGGAGCAAACAAACGCAAACGCAUUGUUGUCGGACGGAUUAGAUAUCGACGAGCGGAUCGAUCGACGUUCCCUCGAAUUUGGAGUUGGAGUCAGAGACAGAGACAUAGUCCUGUGACGAAAAUAUCACCGGAUCAUGAGCCACCAGCUCUCCAUCGAAGUAUUCGGGACCGGCGAAGACCCGAACCAUCGAUCACACUGGGGAUUCAUGAUUCACCGACCACCCAACCGUACGGGCGACCUGCUGCAUGUGCGACUGCUCGAUCUGGACAGGCUUUGGUAUCAGUUCGAGGCGCGGCUGGGGACGGACUUGCUCACGAUGCAGGCCGUCGGGAUAUGCAAGAUCGCGGAGCUGAGUGCCCAGCAGCGACACCAGGCUAUCGAGGUCAUUAAGAAUGAGCCCGCUCCUAGAGACGGCCGCCGCAAAUGCCAGGACUGGGUGUUCAGUACCUUGAUUGCGCUGGAGGUGGAGGAGCUUGUUCCUCCUGGGACUUCGGAGUUCUGGAAGAGCAUGGUUGGGAGGCCGGCGCGGGGAGUUGCCCGAGCUGUUGGGACGAAUUGGACGUCGUUUGGGCGUCUGUGAUCGGUCGAUCGAUCCGUCAAUCAAU